CUACUAUCCUUUUUGACCACCCUUGAUGGCUGUUCAGGUUAGGCAUAAUUAAAAGAGAGACACUUUACCGACCCAUGGCCGAUUAGCGAUGAAGGCAAGAAAUGCUUUGAAGCUCAAUACGAAAAAACUCAAAAUCAUGCUUAUGCCUACAACGGUUUAGACCCAGGAGCCGCUACAUAUGCACCUAAAAAACAUUGUAACUUUAGCCAAUUGAAGCAUAAUUGAAGGGUCUUUAUAGGGGGAUGGCAAACAUACGAAGAAACGACCCUGAAAACAAACGGUUAUCAAGAAAAAUCACGAAAGUAACUGGAGGAUGUAAGGAAAUAACACAGGAAGAAUUUCGCAAGAUCGUCAACUCUAAAAAUGAUUACCUAAGCGCCCGCCUUUUUGCUAUCUUGGACAAAGACAAUUCAAAAACCAUUCAGCUAGACGAAUUCAUCAGCGCCAUUGAUCUUCUGUCUCAAGGUAGCAGCACAGAUAAGCUAAAGUUUCUAUUCGAUGUAUAUGACGCCGAUGAUAAUGGUGAGCUGUCCCGAGAGGAGCUGGGCGCCAUGCUACGCGCUUGUAUCGAGGAGAGUUCCUUGGCAAUGGCAGAUGAUAUAUUUUCGCGUCUUACAAGUCUCCUGUGGGAUGAGCUAGAUAUCGACCAAUCUGGAAGCGUUUCUUUCGACGAACUGAGGGAAACGCUCGAAAAACGGCCGAACGUCCUAGAGAAUCUUACUAUUAGUGCCUUGGGUUGGCUGAAGCUUUCAAAAGACUGGCGGGAAUCUGUCGUGCGUUUACCUGGUCGCCGAGAGAUUAGAACGUACAUCCAGAACAACGCCCAGUUCAUAUUCUUCCAUGCAGUGUUCGCCUGUUUCAACAUCCUCCUGUUUUUGGAAGCGUUCGUUCGCCACUGGUUGAAUAGCAGCCACCUGCUUGUCUGCAUCGCACGUGGCACAGGUUCUUGUCUAAACUUUACCAGUAUACUUAUUGUAAUACUGGUUUUAAGGCAGAUUUUGAACUGGGUGAGAUCUACAUGGCUGUAUAGAUUUCUACCAUUUGAUGACCAUAUUGCCUUACACAGAGUGGUUGGUAGCACUAUUGUUUUACACGCUGUGCUGCAUGGAGUUUGUCACACGUGCUAUAACGCGUUUGUGGUGAAGAAGAACUGGGGUUUGUGGUUCAUUGAUCCAUAUGUUCUCACCGGGUGGAUACUGUUGGCUAUUCUACUGAGUAUCUUCUGCUUUUCCUUACCCGUAGUGCGGCGGAAGUUGUUCAGCGUCUUUUUCUUCGCCCACCAUCUCUACAUACCAUACUGGGUUAUUUUACUGGUUCAUGGCAAGAACUUCUGGAAAUGGUUCCUGUUUCCUGGUUUGGCAUUUCUGGUGGAGAAGUUGAUGCGGUCUCCGUGUCUCAAUAAAAAGAAGAAAAGUAAAAUUCUGAAGGGAGAGGCGCUGCCUUCUAAGGUAACAAAGCUGGUCAUUACGAAACCACCUUACUUCUAUUUCAAUGCCGGAGAUUACGUGCUGUUGAAUAUCCCCGUCAUCAGUAGAUACGAGUGGCAUCCCUUUACCAUUAGCAGUGCACCGGAGGAAGCAGGAGUAUUCACUGUUCAUAUAAGAGGCGUAGGUGUGUGGACGAACAAGACAUACCAGCAUUUUAAAGUAAAAAACGAUGUUGAAAAACACUGCAAGCAGAGCUUAUCGUCAAUAGGGAAAAAGAGGAAAAUAUGCACUGAGAACACAGGACAAAUACGCUCAUCGUCUGCACCCGAGUGGCUACCAAAGCAGGAGGAGGUACCAGGUACACCGCGUCGGAAUAGAAGCAAUCCCACCGUGAUUUUCGUUGACGAAAGCAUCAAUACACACUCUUACGGGUUCAUCGACAGAUCGUUGGAAUCAGACUCAGUGCAGGAAUUGUACCUGGAGGAGGCUUCCACUGGUGGUAAUCAGCUGUACCCAUGUGUCAGUAGCUCAAAAGAGCGACACAUAUCUGUGGACUCUGGGUAUCAGUGUGAAACCCUCAUAAAAAAUGAUCAGCGACCGCCAAGAGGUGUACAGAGUGACCCAGAAAUGUCGCUUGCAUCAGACGACGAUGAUUUACUGGAGGUCUACAUUGACGGCCCCUACGGUACUGCCUCCGCUGGUAUAUACCGGGCACAACACGCUGUUCUGGUGGCUGCAGGAAUAGGUGUCACCCCGUUUGCCAGCAUCUUGCAGAGCAUCAUGUACAGGUUCAAUGCCGCCAAUCACCAGUGUCCAGAUUGUCGCUUUUGUUGGACUGAUGAUAAAGCAGCCAGCCUUGGUAAUAUGAAGCUUAGAAAGGUGGAUUUCUUUUGGAUAAACCGCAAUCAGGACAGCUUUGAAUGGAUGAGCAGUUUAUUGAACCAGUUAGAACGAAAUCAAGCCGUUAUGCGGUCUUCUGUCGGACGCUUUCUCGAUAUCCAUAUUUACAUGACGGGCGCCCAGGGAGCGUCAGACUUAAGCGGACUGGGGCUUCAACUGGCAAUGGACUUAUGGCACGAGGAGGAGCACACAGACGCGGUGACAGGGCUGCAGACGAGGACUAAGGCAGGAAGACCAGACUGGGGAAAGAUUUUUAAAGAUAUCGCAGCUGCCAAACAUGGUGACGUCACCCUUUUUUACUGUGGACCACAGAUUCUUGGAGCAGAACUUGGAAAAAAUUGUACAAAAUAUGGAUUUGACUUCAAACAAGAACAUUUUUGAUUGUUAAUGCUUCCAUGUAACCUUCGCAGAUUUUGUUGUUAUUACCCUUGUUACUUUAAGGUACUUUAUUACUUAAAAGUUUGAAAUAUUUUAAUAUUAUCAAGGAAGUAUCCUGGCACUUUGUAUAAAAUCCUUGAACAAUAACUGGAUCAAUAUAUCGAGUAGAUUUAAAAACCUAAUAUUAAUAUUAGCC